AUGGCUGCGUUCGAGCGGUCCUCGUCGCUGCUGCUGCUGCUGGCGGCCGCGCUGCUCGCGGCGCUAACCUCGUCCGUCGACGCGGCGGCGGCGGCUGGCGCGUCCUCGGCACCGUCGCCGCCGUCGCCGACGCUCCGGCCCGCGGAUGCAGCGGGUGGCAAGAAAGCGCCGCGGUACUCGAGCGUGGCGGAAGGAGGACUCAUAUUAAUGUCCACAUCUCAACGCGGAGGCGUUGAAGCUACAACUGACUCCAACGAGCCUUCCAGAGCAAGAGAGAGCGCGCCCAAGGAGAGAUACGCUAGUCGCGUGGGCUCUGUGGUCGCGAGGAAGGGCGUCGAGGAGAAAAUAAAAGCGAGGAAAGGAGUCCAGCAGGAUACAGUCAUAUCAACGAGUAGUACGGAUCAGAAUGCGGAGAAGGAAAAUGCGCCGUCUAACCGGACCAUUUUCGAAAGCACCAAGUCCACAAUGGAAGGUAGUCCUGCGAUAGAAACAGCUCAUAUCAAGUCCGAAACUUCCGACACUGGUAACCCAAGAUUAAACCCCACCGCCGAUAGCUUGAAUCGCAGUUCAAGCUCCGAUUCAAGUUUGCCACUGGCAAGUGGAACCACGUCUCGUCCAGCGAUCGCGAGUAACGCGGCAGCGUCGCAGGCGUCCUCGCAUGUCGUGAAGCAUGUACCGAAGCCGAAGCCGACGGUAACGACCGUUGACGGGCCUGAGAUUAACGAAUCUGUACCGCUCUCGCGAACGAAGAAUCCCCCGCUGGGCAUGCCGAGGAAAAUCGACUACAUUGUGCCGGUUAUCAUAACGAUCGUCGCUCUACCGAUAUUGGGCGCCGCGAUCUUCGUCUUGUACAGGCGCGGUCGGGACUGCUGGGACAAAAGGCACUAUCGCAGGAUGGAUUUUCUGAUCGACGGAAUGUACAAUGAUUGAGAAUGAGAAAAAGUCUGUUCCACGAGAUUAAACAGGCGUUGUGCAAGAGGCAAUCAAUCAUAAAGGGAGUCCGCAGGCAGCUCGCCCGGUGUUUCCGGAAGAAUUAAAGAGCUGGAUCUUGGCGAUAAAGCGAAAGAUAGGAGAAUUUGAUGCGUAGAUUACGAAUGCGCGGGCGUCAAGUUGAAUAAAACUACCGAGAAAUUAACAACUUGAAACCCCGUCGAUGUCCAAUGAAACUCUUGUGAUUAGUUAAACUUGUACAGUUUUCAGUCAAUUGGUCAGCAACCAUUAAUUUUUCUGAUUCAGACUAGACACUUUCAGUCUUCGACAUUGGACUUAAUUGGACUUAAAGCUAUUGUCCAAUUUGACAUUAGCAUAUUCCUAGUUUACACGUCAAAAACUGUCACUUAAAUCGAGACCGAAUCUUCAAGUCCUUUCCGGAAAUAGUAGGCGGAACUUGCCCAGACGAGUUAUUUCUCGCCGGGUGGUCGCGUUCUUCCAUAUUCUUCCAUUUUCAUAAACGCAGAUGUACACGUCCUCUUGAAACAGCCGCGUAACAAUACUCUACAUUGAUUCCUUCUUACAUAACGACACAUGUCAGGACGACAACGAUACCUAUCAUUAGAAUAUAUCAAAGAUAUCUUGACUCUUUAUACCCUUUUAUAAACAUAUUCAAUGAUACAGCGUGCUAAUCAUAACAUUGUAAUAAUGUCUGAGCUCAUUGCACUGAUAUCUAAAGUUGCUAUACAAUUUUUUUAUCAUACUUGCCUUAAUAAUGUAGUGAUAAUUAUUAUAAUAAUCGUGAAACGACGAGGUUUACGCUUGCAUUGAAGGAGAACAUUGUCGAUGGCUUUGUAACAACGGUUUUGUAAAUACUCCACUGCAGCUCCUAAAUGUAAUAUAAUUUUCUAAAAUAUUUUUAAAGAUAUAUAUUUAUAUAUACAUGCAUUCAUAUACACUUUGGAAAUUUCUUUUAAAUCUUGUGUUUCUUGUUAAUGCGAACGAAUUUUGUUUUGUAUAUAUGUAUGUUAUAUAUUUCCGAGACAACUUUUCGUUCCUUUUGUAUGUCAAUGUAGGUACGUGUCACAUUUGAUGCAAUCUCUUGCACUAGAGAAUGUAAGAGAGAUUUACAGCGGGUCCAAUUGCCAAAUCUGACAAUAAUAGCUGAAUUCUUGCAGAGCCAGGCUUACGUCUUCGAUUCAAACAGAAUUGUAUUGUGCUUUAAAAGUGCUCCCUCAGCGAACAGUAUUGCACACGAUUUCCUUCGCGUGCAAAAACCAUAGUUUAUAAGAACUGUUUAAAUAAUGAAAUGCGAUAGUGUACAGAAAUUUUGCCAAAGAACUGCUCGAUUUAUAUACUGUAAGUUUGUUGCAUUUUUUGUUUGUACUGUAUCUGUAAAGUUGCAUCUUUUUGCAGGAUAAUUUACAAAUGUCCAAUCUAUAAUAUUUAGAUUAUUCAUCAAGUACGGAUACUUUAUAUAAUUGCCAUACAUGAUAUCAGAGCAGACACUAGGAAAUGUCGUCUCGUUAUGUAAAUAUGAUGGCCAAUGAUUUGUGAAAUUAUUCAAUUCAAUCUAUGUAAGAUCUUUUGAGAUUGCGAUUUUUUAAAGCAAAGUGUUGCGUUUUAGGCCUUUAAAAGUUUAUAGUUUAUCAAAUAUACGUGGGAAAAAGCAAUAAUAAUUAUUAUUUUUGUACCAUGUCUAUGUAAGAGAAAAAUAUAUUGUUAUAUAAAAAAAAUAUAUAUAUAUAUUUGCAAGUCUCCCGUUGUUACAUCAUUUUUCGUACCUAUUUAUUAUAAUAGUACACGUCAUCAUAAAGACUUCACAUUGAGAGAUGAAGAAAGGGAAUGAUAUUUGUAAAGAUUUUAUUAUUAAGCUUAUCAUAUAGGUACAUAAAUUCAGUAACGUUAAUGGUACAUGUUAAUUACGAGCCUUAUACUCGAGUAAUCACAAUGCAGAAAGAGAGCUUUACAUAUAUGCACGCUUUACACAUCUGCACACUCAAACAUUGAUCUUCGGUUUAUUUCUCAUUAAUCUUCACACAAUGAUCUAAGGUGGCUUUAAAGUAACAGUUUUAUAUAUAUUUUUUUCCUUAAAUCCUCUUAAGAUCUCCCAGAACAGCGUGAUAAAAUCUUGCUAGAUAAUACGACUUAAAAUCAUUACAGUUAGUAAAAUAAGACAAGAAUAUAUAUUUAUGCUUUUAAUUCAGUUUCCGCAAAUGGGGAUAUCUCUCUCUCUCUCUCUCUCUCUCUCUCUCUCUCUCUCUCUCUCUCUCUCUCUCU